AUGGAGAGUUCACCGUACUCGGCUCGCUUGGAUCAGCUUUCACCUCCGCAUUCCCUUCCGGAACACACCUGGGAGACGGAUAUGUCGCGCCCUACUUCUCCCUCGGAUGUCCAUGAAGACGUAACGCCUCUGCCACAGCGGCUUGCGAAAUUAGCACACAUGGUCUCGCAGAACGCCGACGUGUCAAGUGAGGAUACGACCACGGCCCACCACUGCCUCAACACUCUGGAAGCCCUGUUGGACCCACGACCAAAACUCACUCAGGAAGUCGUCAAAUGCCGACCUACACGUUCCUGCCCUGAAACUUCAUACCCCGUGGCUUCCGCAGCCUCCUGCUCUGCCCCGGUGGAAUACCGUGCUUCAUCCGCCUUCGAGCCUUCGCGCUCGCAACUCAUGGCUCUUUUGAACGAAGUGACAGCAUUAAAUGCCGACUUGAACCAACGCCGCAAAGAAUCAUCCCAAAUAUAUGACCUCCUUAAGCGUGAAAGCCAGGGGUUGUCGCGAAGGAUAUCGGAGCUCGAAAACGUGGUCCACGAGCUGGAAACAGACAUAAUGGAAGGCUCAGCGGAACGUGAAGCACUUCACGGUACGGUUCGCGGACUCGAAGCCUGGGUUAACGGGUGGCAGAACGAACCUAAACCGGGGGCAUCGCGACAAAAUAAAGCAAAGCGGUGGAUACGGCGUAAGCCCGAGGAGCGCUAUGAGACCGAUACCGAAGCACUUGUAGAGGGCAUAACGGCGUGGAUGCGUGGCUGGAAAGAUGUCGAAGAAGGCUUCCGCUUGCCGGAUCUGAGAUUAAAUUCGGCUGGAAGCGACUCCGGCGUAAGAAAACUGAGACCGAGAAUUUGCCGAAGAACCGAUGCGAAGCCCAAGACAAAGGAAGAUUCUGACAUUCCGUAAUCAUGCCGACCAAGAAGCAAGGGUACAGUUGAGAAUUAAGAGAAUAGAAUGCGCCAAUGUGCCCACCGCAACCCACUAUAACCGCAAUUCACUGCUUUUCUGUUGGAAAACACCGAGUCUGCGCCGAUAUGUAUCAUAUAACCACAUGGUUAUCGAAUGAAGUAGAAUGUUGAAGGAAGAAAGAACACCACAAGAACCUCCUGAAGUUGCGCUACUUGCUAGCUGUUGAUCGACUUUGAUCCAAUUCCUUGCGCUCCACCUAGCCACACAUAAAUGGGAGGAAUGACCUGGGCGAAGGUUGAUUAGGCGGUCUGGUGGCAAACGAUCCAGAAGGCCAAGAGCGAAAGCUAAGGUAUACUUGUCGGUUGUAUUCGUCGACGAGGAUAUCAUAAAUUAUGUAGUGAAAGGUUGUAAGAUCGCAUAUAAGAAUAUUAUCAAGGUGUGGUUAGAUAUUCCUGCGUUCUGAGCC